AUGGCCUCCGCGCUGAGCUAUGUCUCCAAGUUCAAGUCCUUCCUGAUCUUGUUCCUCACCCCAAUACUGCUGCUGCCACUCGUCAUUCUGAUGCCCGCCAAGUUUGUCAGGUGUGCCUACGUCAUCAUCCUCAUGGCCGUCUACUGGUGCACCGAGGUCAUCCCUCUGGCAGUCACCUCCCUCAUGCCCGCCUUGCUCUUCCCGCUCUUAAAGAUUCUGGACUCCAAGCAGGUGUGUGUCCAGUACAUGAAGGACACAAACAUGCUGUUCCUGGGUGGUCUCAUCAUGGCGGUGGCUGUGGAGCGCUGGAACCUGCACAAGAGGAUAGCCCUGCGGACGCUCCUCUGGGUGGGGGCCAAGCCUGCACAGCUGAUGCUGGGCUUCAUGGGCGCCACAGCCUUUCUGUCCAUGUGGAUCAGCAACACGGCCACCACAGCCAUGAUGGUGCCCAUCGUGGAGGCCGUGCUGCAGCAGAUGGAGGCCGCCGCCGCCGCCGCCGAGGCCGGCCGGGGAGCCCUGGAGCUGGCAGACAAGGGCAAGGCGGGCACGCUGCCAGGGAGCCAAGUGACCUUCGAGGGCCCCCCUGAGGGCCGGCGGUCUGACGGCGACAGGAGGAGCUUGUGCAAGGCCAUGACUCUGUGCGUGUGCUACGCGGCCAGCAUCGGGGGCACCGCCACGCUGACGGGCACGGGACCCAACGUGGUGCUUCUGGGACAGAUGCACGAGCUGUUCCCCGCCAGCAAAGACCUGGUGAACUUCGCCUCUUGGUUCGGGUUUGCCUUCCCCAACAUGCUGGUGAUGCUGCUGCUGGCUUGGCUGUGGCUCCAGUGCGUGUACAUGAGGCUGAGUUUCAAGAAGUCCUGGGGCUGUGGGCUGGAGAGCAGGAACCACGAGAAGGCCGCUUACGAGGUGCUGCGGGAGGAGUACAGGAAGCUGGGGCCCUUCUCCUUCGCCGAGGCCAACGUCCUGCUCUGCUUCGUCCUGCUGGUCGGCCUGUGGUUCUCCCGGGACCCCGGCUUCAUGCCUGGCUGGGUGUCGCUGGCCUGGGAGGAGGGCGAGACGAAGUACGUGUCUGACGCCACCGUGGCCACUUUCGUGGCCACCUUGCUGUUCGUCGUGCCUUCGCAGAAGCCCCAGUUUAGCUUCCGAGGCCAGACCGAGGAGGAAAGGAAAGCUCCGUUUUACCCCCCUGCGCUGCUGACCUGGAAGGUGACCCAGGAGAAAGUGCCCUGGGGCAUCGUGUUGUUGCUGGGGGGCGGCUUUGCCCUGGCCAAAGGAUGUGAGGCCUCAGGGCUGUCUGAAUGGAUGGGGAAGCAGAUGGAGCCCUUGCGCUCUGUGCCCCCCGCAGCCGUCACCUUGAUCCUGUCCCUGCUCGUCGCCGUGUUCACUGAAUGCACAAGCAAUGUGGCCACCACAACCCUGUUCCUGCCCAUCUUUGCCUCCAUGUCCCGUUCCAUCGGCCUCAACCCGCUCUACGUCAUGCUGCCCUGCACGCUGAGCGCAUCCUUUGCCUUCAUGCUGCCUGUGGCCACCCCGCCCAAUGCCAUCGUGUUUGCUUACGGACACCUCAAGGUUUCGGACAUGGUGAAAACGGGACUCAUGAUGAACGUAAUUGGAGUCCUCUGCGUGUUUCUGGCGGUGAACACCUGGGGACGGGUCAUUUUUGACUUGGAUCAUUUCCCUGAAUGGGCUAACGUGACCAACAUCGAGACCUAG